AACGCACUCGGACAAGAAGCUGCGACGGAAUCGCCAGCUGCGCAAGUCCAUGCUCCCCAAAAACGCUCUGAUGGCCCUCAACGAGGUUAAGGGCGUGACCAUCAGCGAUUUCACCAUCGACAUCAAUACCGACGGGGGAUUCACGGCCGUUGUCACUGUGAACUCGACUCAGUACGUGGGCAAGGGUACCUCAAAGAUGACAGCCAAGAACGCGGCCUGCGAGAAGGCUUGGCGCGAUUUUAUAAUUGCGAAGAUGACGCCUAAGCCUCCCGUAUUCACCAGGUGGAGAUAGGUGCGGAGCCAAUAGACACUAACGAGGAUGAGGCCGAUGCACCGGAUGAUGAUCUGCCCAUGUUGAAUCUGGCUUCGUUUGCCAUCUACAAGCUGUUUCACGGAGUGGGAGCGCGAGGGCUAUGUCGUACCCGAGAUGCACCCUUCGGCCAAUGCUGCCCAGCAGGCCGGAGGGAUGCCGGAACUCCAGUUCCCGCCGCGCCGAAGGAACCAAAGAAGCCGCCAGUGCGUACGGAGCUACCCUCUGGCUGGGAGACCAUGCACCCGGCGACCAUUCUUUGCAUUAUGCGCCCGGGACUCAGCUACUCGGACUACGGGUCAUCUGGCGACAAUACCACCGGCAUGCAGCAUCUGGGAAUCACGUGGACAACCAGGAAUUCCACGCCCAGGCAGAUCCAAGAAGAUCGCCCGUCUCAACGUGGCCGUGAAAGUGUGCAACUCUCUGUUCGGCACAAACUUCGCCUACGCGACACCGCUUAA